UUCUUCAUUUUCAUACAAAAUGGUUUGGUCCGUCACUGAAUGAAUCAAAUCUCAGCCUCCGGCCUCUAUUCCACUUCAUCCAAUGGCUGGGAGAAAUGGGCUUCACAUCGUCAUGUUCCCAUGGUUAGCUUUUGGUCAUAUGAUACCAUAUCUAGAAGUCUCCAAGGGCUUAGCCAAAAGGGGUCAUCGCAUCUCCUUCAUUUCCACACCAAGAAGCAUUGAAAGGCUUCCCAAACUCACUCCCAAUCUACCCCCUCUCAUCACUUUUGUGAAGCUCACCUUACCUCAGGUUGCCAACUUGCCGGAGGGAGCUGAGGCCACUUCUGAUGUCCCAUUCGACAAGACCCAAUACCUUAAGAAGGCCUUCGAUGGUCUAGAGGGAUCUUUUGCUUCCUUCCUUGAGAGCUCAUCUCCAGAUUUGAUUAUCCAUGACUUCACCCAUCACUGGAUUCAACCUCUUGCAGCUAAACAUGGUAUUCCAUGUGCCUACUUCAGUAUAUUCAACGCUCAGUUCCUUGCCUUCUUUGGCUCCCCAUGGUUGCGAAUGACCGGCGAAGAUACUCGAACAGAUCCGGAACACUUCACUGUUCCUCUCAAGUGGUUUCCUUCCCCUUCCAAUCUUGCAUUUCGACUCUUUGAAAUCCUUAAAAUGUCUGAAUCUUUAAGUGAAAAUGUUUCUGGCGUGUCCGACCUCCAUCGAUUCAGCUCGGUAAUCCAAGGAUCCAAGUUUGUAGUUGUGAGAAGCUGUGAAGAAUUCGAGGGUGAUUCUCUAAGUAUCCUCCGGGAGAAACUCUACCAGAUACCAGUCAUUCCAAUAGGUCUACUUCUUCCCUCGGAAAACAAAGACGAUGAUGAAUGGGCUAAUAUCAACAAAUGGCUAGACAAGCAAAGAGAAGGAUCUGUGGCUUACAUAGCAUUUGGGAGUGAAGCAGAAUUGAGUAAGGAAGAAUUGCAUGAGGUAGCUCUUGGGUUAGAGCUAUCUGGGUUUCCCUUCUUUUGGGCACUAAGAAACCCAGCAGGGUCUGAGGUAGACAUCUUACCUAUGUUACCAUCAGGUUUUGUGAGCAGAACCCAAGGUCAGGGUAUCAUGAUCAUCUGUUUAGGAUGGGCUCCUCAGAGAAGGAUAUCGGAACACCCUUCAGUGGGGGUAUUCUUGACUCACUGUGGGUGGAGUUCGGUGAUUGAAGCUCUUGCAGUAGGCUGUCCUCUGGUUUUAUUACCUCUAUCAAACGAUCAAGCUUUGAUUGCAAGGCUAUUGGUGAGCAAGAAUAUUGGGGUAGAGAUUCCAAGAGAUGAACGAGAUGGGUCAUUUACAAGGGAUUCGGUGGCCAAGUCAGUGAGGCUAGUAGUAGUGGACACAGAGGGGGAGCUGCAGAAAGCCAAAGCUAGAGAGAUGAAAGAGGUGUUUGGAGACAAGGCUCGGCAUGACCAAUACAUUGAUGAUUUCGAUCAGUACCUCAGAAAUAAUCAUGACUCGGUCAAAAAAAUUACUAGUUAAAUAACUUUGUUAUGGUCAA